AUGGUAAGUGUUUGUGUGCUGGAGGAAUGAGCUAGCUGCCUAGGUGGAGCUCUGGAGCUCAAGCUUGAUCGAUGAGGGCGAGCUAGUCUAGGUCCCUUUUUUUCCUUUGUUUAAUUUGGAGCUUAUUGGCAUUCCUUUUUCUCUCCACCCCCCCACGUUCUCCAGGCUGCUUCGGAUCGACUGUUGGGCGGUUUGCUGCUGCUCAUCGCAGGUCUCGUCUUUGCAUACUACACCAUCUGGACAUUCAUCGUGGUGCGUCUGCCUCGCGUUCAAUUGCUCUCUCUCUCUCUCUCUUCAAGUUCAUGCGGGCUGACCUCACUCCUCACUUCGCACUCCUCACUCCUCACUCCGCACUCCGCACUCCGCACUCCUCAAAUUCGAAUUCGAAUUCGAACAGCCCUUCUUUCCAUCCUCUUCACCUCUGCAACAAAUCUUUCCAGAUCGAGUCUGGGCAAUCAGACUUCCAGCCCUCAUCUUGGUCUUGGGGUUGGCGGGCGUAGGAAGUUUUGUGGGCUUGGUAAUGCAGAAGGAAGCUAGAAAGAGGGCAGAGAAGGAGGCUAGGAGGAACAAUUGA